CACGUCAUCUCAGUUCAGUAAAGCAAAUCACAAAUACAUUUUAUUUCUGAGCUGAUCAGCGCGUAUUUGCAAGCAGAGCACUGAAGAAAACCCAGUGGGAUAGGAAAUCAUUACCUUUUUCUACCAAGAAAAGAUUAAUAACUACGGUUGAACGAAAAGAUGCAUCGCAAUGUUCCGUCUUUGAAAAAACAAACUGAUAUGUCAGAACGUCAAAUUCAGCGAUGGUGGCGUUUAAGAAGAGCAGGAGACCGACCAACAACUCUCGUAAAAUUUUGCGAGAAUACAUGGCGAUGCAUUUAUUAUACAUAUAGCUUCAUUUUUGGCAUCAUCGUGCUAUGGGAUAAGCCUUGGUUUUGGGAUAUAAAGCAUUGCUGGUAUGGUUACCCGCAUCAGUCUAUUUCCAGCGAUAUUUGGUGGUAUUAUAUGAUAUCAAUGUCAUUUUAUUGGUCUCUUACUGUAACACAAUUUAUUGACGUCAAGCGAAAGGAUUUUUGGCAGAUGUUUGUCCAUCAUAUGGUUACCUUGCUUCUCAUGUCGUUAAGUUGGGUGUGUAAUUUACACCGCGUUGGCUCCUUGGUUCUCGUGGCACAUGAUUGUGCAGACAUAUUUUUAGAGGCAGCGAAAUUGACAAAAUAUGCGAAAUAUCAAAAGCUAUGUGAUUUUAUAUUUGCGGUAUUUACUAUUGUAUGGAUUGUAACAAGACUUGGUUUCUACCCCCGUAUUAUUUAUAGCUCUUCUGUUGAAGCUCCACAAAUUUUGCCGAUGUUCCCUGCAUAUUACAUAUUCAAUACUCUUUUGAUAUUGCUACUGCUCUUACAUAUUGUAUGGACCUACUUGAUUCUUCAAAUUGUUGUUGACUCUUUACAGAAAGGAUUGAUGUCCGGUGAUAUAAGAUCAAGUGACAGCGAUGAUGUUUCAGAUAGCUCUGAAAGUGCACUUAUCCUUCCGAACGGAAAUCAUGGAGAACAGACCAAAAAAUCUAAAGAUUGUAUUUAAAAAAAAAAAAUCAAAAAACAUUUUAUGCACAUUUGUAUAGUAUGUAAAUAAAUAGUAUAAAACCUUGUUUUUUGAACCGUUUCAACCAAAAAUGUUAUUUUUUAAGUGAUUCUAGUAAAAAUAUUCCAGCGGUAUUAUGAGUUGAAUAACCAAAAUUGCAAUGAUUCUAUUAAAUGUGAAAUAGAUUUUA